AUGGGCUCACUUCCGCCUCACCUAGACCUCCCUUCACCAAAUGCCAAAUUCCAACAAGUUGACCAGACCACCCUUCUCAACCUCUUCAAAUCCCAGCAAAACCACCUAAACUACUUCUUCCAAAACCUAAAUCUCUCCCAGGCCUUAACCUUCACGCAAACACUCCUUGACUGUAACGGCACCAUCUUUUUUCUGGCGUCGGAAAAUCCGGUUUCCAAAUCUGGAAACACCGAGGAGUUGCUCCGUCUGGUUCCGUGUGCCAAGGCGAAAGGUGCCUAUUUGGUGUCGGUCACUUCCGUUGAGGGCAAUGCGCUCACGGCGGUUUGUGAUAUGAAUGUGCAUUUGCCUUUGGAGAGGGAAUUGUGUCCGUUUGAUUUGGCUCCUGUGACUUCCACUGCGAUCCAGAUGGUUUUUGGGGAUACCGUCGCGAUUGCGUUGAUGGGUGCCAGGAAUUUGAGCAAGGAAGAGUAUGCCGCUAAUCAUCCGGCUGGAAGGAUUGGGAAGAGCUUGAUUUUCAAGGUGAAGGAUGUGAUGAAGAAGCAAAACGAGCUUCCAAUUUGUAAGGAAGGAGAUUUGAUAAUGGAUCAGCUAGUCGAAUUAACGAGUAAAGGAUGCGGCUGCCUGCUUGUUAUAGAUGAGGAUAGUCACCUGAUCGGAACGUUUACAGAUGGUGAUCUCCGGCGUACUCUCAAGGCUAGUGGGGAAGCCAUCUUUAAUCUUACAGUGGGAGAAAUCUGCAACAGGAACCCAAGAACAAUUGGUCCAGAUGCAAUGGCAGUGGAAGCCAUGAAGAAAAUGGAAUCACCACCAUCCCCUGUACAAUUCUUGCCUGUUAUCAAGGAUGAUAAUAUCUUGAUUGGCAUUAUUACCCUGCAUGGAUUAGUUUCAGCCGGGCUUUGA